CAAAAAUAUGCAUUUAUCCAAGUGUCUCCUCCAGAUUGCUAUGUGACCUUGUAUCUGCCAACAGCAUCUCAUGAGAAAUUUAGAACCCAAACAAUCAAGGACUCUAAUAACCCAAUCUGGAACGAGACAUUCUGCUUUAGAAUCCAAACUGAGAUCAAGAAUAUUUUAGUGUUGGAAGUCUGUGAUGCUGAUCCAGUCACCAAAGAUGACACACAGUUUACUGUCCUGUUUGACUUGGCAAAAAUCCAGCCUGGAGCAACAGACCUUGAAAUAUUUUCCUUAAAACCAGAGAAAGAAGAUUGUCCUUAUAAUUAUGAAUCUCUGGAAGUGGAAUUCAAGUUGGCGGAAAUUUUAGGACCUCCUGAACAGCUGGUUUCCAAUGAUGUCCUAGUGGCCCGUGAACUCUCCAUCUUGGAUAUCAAGCUGAACAGGGAAGAGAAUGAGAAGCUGUUGGAAGCCAACACAAAUGUUGUGCUCACUGUGCAAGAGUCCUAUGAAGGAACACAGAAGACAUCCAAAGAUAUAGAUUCCUUCCGCUUCCAUUGUAUAAAAACUUGGGAACCAGUACUAAAAGUCAAGAUUCAGGAUGUUUCAGCUGAAGAGAAUGGUUCUGACUACCCUUUAGUUCUACCUCUGAAAUGGCUUCCAGUGGGAUUGCCAAUCAGAGUAGGUCUACUGGUAGAUGAGGGUGCGGCUUUGGAGUUGUACCUCCAAGUAACUGGUUGGCCACAGAAUCUUGAUGUGCGCUUAGGAUAUGAGCUUUGUGCUGAUGAGCAGAAUUUCCUGCAGAAAAGGAAGAAGGUGGUUGCUGAUGCUUUGAAGAAGCUUUUCCAUCUAAGGCGAGACCUGCUGGAGCAUGAGGUUCCAGUGGUGGCUAUUAUGGCAACAGGAGGUGGACUCAGGGCUAUGACAGCAUUGUAUGCUCAUCUUUUAGCAUUCCAGAAAUUGAACCUGUUAGAUUGUAUUUCAUACAUUUCCACUGCUUCUGGAUCAACAUGGACUUUGACAGAUUUGUACAAAAAUGCUGACUGGUCGUAUAAAAGCUUGGAAGAACCCAUCAAAAGAGUUAAAAAGCAAAUGAUGAAGAAUAAAGUAAAUAUUAUUUCCAUAGAACAGUUGAAGUAUUAUCACAAGGAGCUGGUGGAGAGAGUUGAAAUGGGGCACCUUUCAUCUUUUACAUCUCUUUGGGCACUGGUUCAAGAAGCUGUUUUGCAUGAUGAGCCAAAUGACUGUAAACUUUCAGAACAACGUCAGGCUUUGGCUCAAGGCCAGAACCCAUUCCCUAUCUAUACAGCUAUAAAUGUCAAAGACAGACAUGUCAGCACCUUUGAUUUCAGAGAAUGGGUGGAGUUUAAUCCUUAUGAAGUGGGGUUCCAGAAAUAUGGUGCAUACAUUCGUGCAGAAGAUUUUGAUAGUGAAUUUUUCAUGGGAAAGGUUGUGAAGAAGAUCCCAGAAUCUCGGAUUUGUUAUCUGGAAGGUAUCUGGACCAACAUUUUCUCUCGGAAUCUGCUGGAUGGUUUGUACUGGUCGUCAACACCAGCAGAAUUUUGGGAACGAUGGAUCAAAGAUAUGGCAGAUAAGAGAAUGAGCACAGCUGACAAACCAUCUGGAGCUGGAAAUUGUCACUUGGCAUCACUGCAGCCAUUUGGGGAGAGCUUGGAAAAGUUGCUUUUGUACAUAAAAAAUGACCAAAAUAAUUCAGAUGAUGGUUAUACCACUUACAAACCCCCAAGUUGUGCAACUGGAAAACUGAGCGAAAUCUUUAAUGAUGUUUUAACUGAUCGUCCUCUAAAAGGGGCAACUCACAAUUUCUUGAGAAGCCUUGACUUUGACAAAGACUACUUACAACAGAAAGAAUUUAACGAGUGGAGAGAUACUGUGUUGGAUGCCUCUCCUAGCAGGCUGACACCUUGUGAGAAAUCCCUCUGCUUAAUAGACAUAGGCUAUUUUAUUAACAACAGUGGCCCACCACUUCUUAAGCCAGAGAGAAAUGUGGAUGUCAUCAUUGCACUGGAUUAUGAACUGGGUGUACCCUUCAAGCAAGCAGAGAUGAUGGCCAAAUACUGUGAAGUGCAAGGUAUCCCCUUUCCAAAGGUUGAUGUGAGUGAUGAAGACAGGAAGAACCCCAAGGAAUGCUAUGUCUUCUCAGAUGAAAACAACCCCAAAGCGCCAGAACUCGUUUGCUUUCCCCUGGUUGACUGCUCCUUCAAGGAGUACAAGGCACCAGGCACGAAACGCUCUCCUUCAGAAAUGAGUGAUGGUGAAGUAAAUCUGGAGAAAGGCUGCUCACCUUAUGCAACAAUCCAUUUAACCUAUGCUGAGGAAGACUGUGACAAACUACUAAACCUGAGCACCUAUAAUAUCCUCUGUAACAAACACCAUAUCUUCAAGGCCAUCCUGGGUGCCAUAGAGAAGAGGCAGAACAUUUGGCCCAGUUCUUAAAAGACCAGUUAAACCUAAUAACUGCUGAGGUGUGGAGAGAGCCUCAAAUAAUUAGCCACAAGCUCAUGCAUUAUUAAUGAGUCAUCAACUUCCCAUGCAGCUUGUUACAAACAUUUGUUCCCACCCUGCUGAGUUGGAGUGGAUGACCUUUUAAAUAGUUCACGUAUUUUUUUUUUUAUGUACAGCCAUUUCACUUCUCACUUACAGUUACAUAGGAAAAGAUGGAAUUACUGCUAAGUCCAAUGCUUUUUGCCUGGUAGUACUAGGAGAUGGCCAUCUGAAAACACAUACAGUUCCUAGGUAGUGAGGAAUUCAAGGAACUAACUCAGAGUGUUUUAGGUGGGGUUCUAUGGCAAGGACUGUCCUUGUUGACCUUAAUAAUUAGAAGUGUCUCAGGGAUUUAUUUGUAGUUUUUCAGAAGCUGACCUCUUUAGUACUAAUGGAAAUGAAUGAGAGUCCAGCACAUACUAAAAGCAAACCAUAAAGAGUGAUGCUUUCUUGGUUCAAUUCCAAUAAUGAGUAAUUACACCAUAUCAAUAGAUGCUCUCCCUGCUCCCUUGCUAAAAAUGGUUAUUUCCAUUCCCUAUUCAGAGAUAUUCUGUACUUGAGAGAACUGAGACAUUUCAGCUGUGAAUGAUUCAAGUGCUGCUAACAUAAUUGAGUACUGUUGCCUGGUGAAAUACAAUUAUAAUUUUAAGGCACUGUUUGCUAAAUUCCCUUGUUUUUUCCAUUGCCUCUGUUCUGUGAGUUAGUUGGGAGAUCAGAUUCAGUGAACACCUCAGUUCUUCUUGUUUGUAAUGACUUCCAGUAAUAAUUGAAAUUGGCACCACAGAUGUGUGACUCACACACAUUAAUAUGAUAUCCUUUUCCCUUUACAUCAGAAUGAAUUUUGGAAAAAGUAAUUAAUUCAUGGAAGAACCUACACCUUGUUGAAGCCUAAAGAUUUAUAAUCUGCUUGGAAAAUAACCUUAAUGUAAUGGAGCACAGCAAUAUUUUUUCUUGCUGGAAAGGGACUAUACUGAAGUGUUAAAGUACAUUAGCAGAUCCAGCUUCUGCAUCACAACUGGGAAAAGCCUUUGCCUGGGACCUUCAGGAACAUUUUUUGGCAUCUACUGACAGUCAGGAUUGAUGGUGUUAGCUCUGUUCAUUGUCUGGCAACUGCUGAACCAAGAAGGGAAUGACCAGGAGCCAUGAAACUUGCAUACUAUUCCAAUAUUCACCCCAAAGUUUGAUGCACAUGGCAUAUAAUUUCUCAAGUUUCUUUACUCCUACUCCAAAUUCUGAUGUCUGGUUACUGAAAUACUGCUCUGCUGCUGCUAUCAUAUCUGAAUCAUUUGGAAAUUUCCUUUCUGUCAAACUCUUUUUAAGAUCUGGAAACAGGAAAUAGUCAGAUGAAGCAAGAUCUAGUGUGUAGGGUGGAUGGUCUAUGCAGUCAAACCCCCAAUUAUUCAAAACAUCCAUUGUCUUGCCAGCCUUUCGAGCAGGUUCAUUGUCCUCCCAAAAGAAAAUACUUUUCCGCAGCUUCCCUUGUCAUUUUUCUUACAGUGGUCCAAAACACACUUCCAGAAAUAAUCCAGUUUCAGACCACUUUAAUUGCACUGGCUUAUGUUAGGGAAU